GACUAGGUACGAAACGACCAAGGUACGAAACGACUAACAUUAAAAUCUAUUUUGAGACGGUCCAUUCGGACCCGGAUAACAGACACUUCACCACUGAAGGAUCUGAGAGCAAGAUGUCACAAGAGAAUGUUACCCCAGAUUUGGCAAGAGAAAGAUCUAAGGCUACAUUCGAUGUUGAAAAUUUAGCAGAAUUUAUGAUAGGAGGUCGUGACAGGUUGAAAAGGAAAAGAUUUUUACAGAACAUUGCUAUCCAAGAUCCCUUUUUCAAGAAACAGAAGUCCUGGGCCUUCUGUAGUGUAGAAGAACAGUAUGAUAUGGGAUUAUCUAAAAGUAUCUACAUACAGAAAAAACUCCAAGAAAUGGGGAUUACAGACAUGCAAGAGGCCUUUUAUUAUAGAGAACCAGCCAUGUCACAUGAGAACAGUCCUCUUGACCUCCAUUAUGGCAUGUUUAUCCCUACUAUUGAUAAACAAGGAACUCCAGAACAGAAGCAAAAAUGGCUGCAUUUAUCUGAGAGCUUACAAAUAGUGGGAACUUAUGCCCAAACAGAAUUGGGACACGGCACAUUUAUCCGUGGACUGGAAACAACAGCAACAUAUGAUCCAAAAACUAAAGAAUUUAUUCUGGACAGUCCUACCUUGACAUCAAAGAAGUACUGGCCUGGAUGUUUGGGUAAAACUUCCAAUCAUUGUGUGGUGAUGGCGCAACUUUACACUAAGGGAAAAAGUCAUGGUCCACACAUGUUUAUGGUACAGAUCAGGAGCAUGAAAGACCACUCUGUCUUGCCAGGGAUUGAAGUGGGAGUUAUUGGAAAUAAAUUUGGUUAUGGUACCAAUGAUAAUGGAUUUCUAAGCUUUGAUAAACUUAGGAUUCCCAGGGAAAAUAUGUUAAUGAGAUAUUCACAGGUGCAUGAAGAUGGAACCUAUGUUAAACCACAAAAUGCCAAGCUUGCCUAUGGUUCUAUGGUGUUGAUAAGAUCUUCAAUUGUUAGUGAUGCUGCACGGGGCUUAGCUCAGGCUUGUGUCAUAUCUAUACGAUACAGUGCUGUACGUAGACAGACAGAGGCCUACCCAGGUGGAGAAGAACCCCAGAUAUUGGACUACCAGACCCAACAGUAUAGAUUAUUCCCCUUGUUAGCCUCAGCUUAUUCCUUACAGCUUGCUGGGAAGUAUGUGUUUAAUACAUACUUAGAAGUAAAUGAUCAGAUAGAAAAAGGAAACUUAGAAUCAAUGCCAGAGCUCCAUGCUUUAUCAGCUGGACUUAAAGCUUUCAGUACAUAUGAAGCCUCUGCAGGAAUAGAAGUGUGUAGAAUAUGUUGUGGCGGACACGGUUACUCACAAGCUAGUGGCUUACCAAAGAUUUAUGUCGAUGUUGUUCCUGGUUGUACAUAUGAAGGAGAGAACACAGUCAUGAUGCUACAGACAGCUAGAUAUUUAAUGAAAUGUUACAGUCGUGCUAAACAGGGACAAAAGCUGCCAGGUUUUGUCCAAUAUAUAGGUCAAAAUUUGAACAAGAAGUCAUGCAUGAGUGAAGAAGUUGCCCUUGGCUGUCUGGUCAUGGCCUAUGAACAUAGAGCUGCUAGGUUGGUUGAAGCAGCAGCAAUGAGAAUGCAGUCACUUAUACAGGGAGGGAAAAAACAACACGAAGCUUGGAAUGGAAGUUCUGUACAACUGCUUUGGGCAGCAAAGGCCCAUUGUCAUCUGUUCUGUGUAAAGAACUUUGUAGACGCCAUUCAGGCAAAAUCUUUAUCCUCCAAAACAGCCACAGUGAUGAAGUCUGUCUGUCAGUUAUAUGGUGUUCAUGGUAUACUGGAAAAUCUGGGGGAAUUUAUGCAGGAUGGAUUUUUCUCUGGAGAGCAAGUUGGCUACCUUCAGAAGAAGAUGUUGGCCCUGUUUGAGGACAUCAGACCAAAUGCUGUGGCCCUGGUUGAUGCAUUUGAUUAUCCAGACAUGGUAUUGGGUAGCUGCCUAGGAAGAUAUGACGGCCAAGUUUAUCAAGCUUUGUAUGACUAUGCUAAGUCUGCUCCUAUGAAUCAUACAGAAAUACACAGUACAUAUUAUAAACAUCUGAAACCACUGAUUAAUCCGGAGACAACCUCUGAUGCAAUGCAGUUUGCUAAACUAUAAAUAGACAUGAUGAAAUGUACCACAAAGCUUUAUUGGUGCUAUAUAUUGUCUUAACCAGAUAGAACUUAAAUGGACCAAUGUGAUUGUGUUUUUACCAAAGUGUUAGUUGUGUGUAAAAUAAUUAUGCACAUCUUUUUUAACAUAUUAACUGUGAUUAUUUUAUUCAUUAAACUGUGCUUUGAAUAUACCAAUCAACCAAUCACUUAUAUAAAAAAUAAUGAGAAAGAUAAAUGUUUUACCAGUAUGCUUGUAUCCCUGAAGUUGCUGAACAUGGUAUCCAACAGACUGUUUAGAACAAAACUGUCUUUUAAAUUUUUUUUUAAAUUAUUUUGUAUAUUAUUAAAAAAUGGCUAUUUAGAAAGAAUAAAUUAUAUCUGAGUAGAUUCCUGGCAAACUAUCAAUUAUUCUAAGAUGUAGACCUUAUCUGCUUUAAGAUACUGUAAUUGUACUUAUUUUUCGCGGUGUAUUUAUUUUCACGAAAUUUUGCGGUUGGUUUAUUUUUGCGAAAAUAAAUACACGCCAAUCUGAAUCAAACCUUUCAACUGAAUAGCAAUAAUUAUAAAACCCUGAAAAUAAAUACCCAGGAACAUGUUUGAAACAUACAAUUCGUGAAAAAAAAGUACCCGCGAAAAAAAGAACAAGUACUAUACAGUAAUAGACUGUAAAUAUUGAAAAUCAAAGUAAUAACUGAAUAAAUGAUAAAUGUGAUAAAUAUAUAUAUGCCAAGAUGAUCAAGAUUAUUGACUAUAUAUAACCAAUGCAAUAAUUAAUGUUGAUUUUCAAAUUUAUUUUGAAAUUCUCAAAUUAUAGAUAAUUUAAGAAAGUAUAUGCAUCUGCUUUAAACUGCUUUAAUUAUUUUGAACAAAGAAAAUAAAAGAGAAGUAUUUAAUUUAUGAGACAUUGAAAAUAUGUGAAAGGAGAUUUAGUUUUAUUUUUCUGAAUUGCUGUUAUACCAAAUCAAUGUGAAUAUUGUAGUAUGGCUUCAGUUGAAUGUAAAAAAAAAUGGCUGUGUUGUAAAUGUUUGUAUCUAUAAUUCAAAAUAAACUUUUCACCAGUGAAGUAGACAUAAACUGGAUUUAUGUUAUGUUUGUGUAACUUCUGCUUUAUCUUACAUGUUCUUUUUUAUAUUUAUGAAAGUCUAGACUUUAUGUGAUUUUAAUGUAUUUUAAUUCAUUAAUGAUAUAUGUUUAUAUAAUACUUAAUGCCUACAAUUGUUGAUAAUUCUUGUUAUUUAUAUAAUAAAUAGAACAAAAUA